AUGUCCUUCACAAAAUCGUCGCGCGAUAUCUCCGUCACGUCAGACUUGCUGCUAUCCGCUGAGUGCAAGCAGAUCAGCGGCCACUUCAAGCGGUCUUUCGUACAGCUCGACCCCGUGCUGGGCAACGCUGACGGCUCUUUCCAUGUCGAGGGGCGUGACUUCUCAAAGAGUGCGAGAAACGUGGGCCUGAAGGUGGAAAAUGGCUCGGCAAUACUGCACGCUAGUCUCCGGAAGAUGGACGGAUCAUGGCAGGACGCGGCCUUUAAUCUCGACGUGAUUGUUGCAAACAGAAACGGGUCGCUCGUCAUAGAUAUGAGCACUAUCCAAUCGCCCGAUGGGGCCGUCACCUGUGACACGCUGGAGACUCUUGUCGACGAGUGCAGGCAGGCCGCCGAAGACCUGAAGAACCAAAUCCGUGACCAGCUCACAAGAGAAUCCCAUGGAGCAUCGCAAUCUGUCCAUACCGCAUUCAAAGGCAUCGCGCAGAUGCAGGAAGCCCUCAACGACGGCGCAGCAUAUGCUGACAGGGAGGAUUUCCGGCCGGAAGCUGGACAUCUUGGAUUCCUCCUCAGCGACGCUACCGGCCAGUGGUCCAAGGUUGAAGAUGCUGUGGGGUCCGCCAGCCAGAACAUCAAGGACUUCCAAUCCACGAAGCUCCACGACGUCAUUGCUGAGAUUGAAGCCGCCGAACGUAACAUAGCCGCCAAGGUGGACAGCACCAUGUUGGAACAGAAGGAAACAAAGAUCCACCUCGAAUCGUUAGGCGACCGGAUCAGCCAGCAUCAGGAAGAACUUUCAACUGCCCUAAACCAGAGACAUGAAGCAGCAGUAAGAACCAUCAGCUUCUCCAUUGCUUCCGUCCUCGUGCCGUUUAUUUUCAUUCCUCUCGCAGUCGAGGCAUCAGGCGAGCGAGCACAAUGGGACAAACAGGCAACCGACCUGGAGAAUGCCAUUAGGGAGACAUCAUGCCUGAGGGACAGGCUUGAUGGAUUACAAAUCGGACUCGAACGCUCACUGCAAGCCGCCAACCAAGUCAGCGGGAAAUGCCGGCGUCUGCGGGCGGAUGUGGACACUCUCUCCGAGGAGCUGCACGGGUUGGAGGAGCGCAUCCGCGAGAAGAAGUGCAUGAUGGCAGAGUACGUGCAGACGCUCAGAGAGGCCGAGUCGGAUGGCGUGACGGCUCUGGAGUACAGCCAGACGCUGCAGGAAGGACGUGAAAUCCUGCAGGAGGUCUUGUACGUCAGACAGGAGUUUGACCCCGAGAAGCUGCAUGUUAUGCUGCAACUCUGA